UAUUGUGGGUUCUCUUCAUUUCGUUAUCCACACGACGUGAUCUCGUCUCAAAGCCUACUUAAAUACCCCCCCCCUCCACUCCCCCCACUCCCUCCACUCUUCCUACAACUGAUCUAUUCUUCAUUUCUCUUUUGAAAUACAUCCCAGCAACUCGGUUCAACACACUAUGCGUUUGUAUGUUAUCCCUAUUUUAAAAGAUCGCUGGGCUUACUAUUGUCAUUCCACUCUGCCCACCACUUCAAGAUUGACCAAGAUCGUCGAUUGGUCCAGCCAGAAAUGGGAGAAUCUUGAUAAAGCUGAGCCUGACAGUUGGAAAAAGAAAUUGUACGUCAAAGGGACGAAUGUUAUGAAUCAGUUGGAUUACCAGGAAUGGUUUUUGAAAAGUAUUCCAGCAAAGGAAGAACUACAACAACCCUUGAACGAGGUCCUUGUUCAUCAUCCCUCCUUAUUAGACCCAUCUCUUAUCCAUCAACAUCUUGAAGCUUUGUUACAAUAUCGUAUCCCUUACCACAGAAAAUACAUGUGGUACUCAGCUUACUGGGUUCCUAUCGCUUGCACAUUUGUUCUCGUUCCUCUGAUACCGAAUAUACCAUUGGCGUAUAAUUUAUUCCGAUUAUACAGCCAUUAUAAAGCACUGAAAGGAGCCGAGCACCUACAGCAUUUGAUGUCAAGUACACCUACAGCCGUAGACAGCAGCAGCGGAGAGAAAGAAAGGGAAAACGAAGCGAAGAGCAGUAUCCACAGAAGCAUUUUUAAAUACACACAGGACAUGGAGUUAGACACACUUUUUAAUGGCGCUCGUCUAUCGCUGAAGCUCAAUGUAGCAAAGAACAUCGCCUUCCCGAAAGAACUCGAACAAGCCUAUCAACCAUCAUCAGAAAAGAAAAGGAAUGCCGUGCCGUCCCAUCAACAAUUAGCAAGUAGCUUGGCCCAAGAUAUAGACGGCGUACUCAACCAACAGCAUAUUAAAUACUUGGUAGACCAAUUGGACGUACCAGGCUUAGAAACGGAACUAAGCAGAGCAAGAUUUCAGAUUUUGAAAAAUAUAGCAACGGAACGAUUUGCAAACAACAAGUGAUAGAGCUUUGUCUUUUUGACAUUUUGUACAUAGCCUAGAAAUGAUGAGCGUAAAACCUCAUUGAAUUCCUACUUUUUACCUAUCAACAAGAACUUGUACAUUCUUUACUUUAACAUGAAUAAAAGCAGAAAAGGGUUGAAUUGCACAACCCAUUCUGGAACACUAACCCUAUUUUGAUGUUGUUGAGGUUAUCUCAAUGAAAUUGUGCAACAUGGAUGAGAGAUAGGUGUGUAUCUUAGGAACGACCAUCCACACACACAUAUACGUUCUAUUUCAAAAGAAAAAACAGCAGACAACUUGCAUUCAAGACAUACUGUUGGAACGACGAACAAGAGCAUAUGCCACCUGCCUUUUCUGCUUAUGUAAAUAGGGCGACAUCAAUAGGGGAAUGUCGAAAACCCAGGUUCGUUCGAGACG